GUCUUGAGCAGUGGAUGUAGAAUGAAAGUGGCGCGCCGCUCCUAACGUCACCCGGAUAGGAGCUGGUGGCUUUCGGGUUCUGGUGGGGCUUCGGGUGCCUCGGACCACUGGUGCCCACCGGACGCUGAGGCGGCGGCUGCCCAGGUCGGCUCCGCGCGGGCCUGAAACAUGGCUCACAACAAAAUCCCCCCGCGGUGGCUGAACUGUCCGCGUCGCGGCCAGCCGGUGGCAGGAAGGUUCUUACCUCUGAAGACGAUGCUGGGACCAAGAUAUGAUAGUCAAGUUGCUGAAGAAAAUCGGUUCCAUCCCAGUAUGCUCUCAAAUUAUUUAAAGAGUUUAAAGGUUAAAAUGAGCUUGUUGGUAGACUUGACAAAUACUUCAAGGUUCUAUGACAGAAAUGACAUAGAAAAAGAAGGAAUCAAAUACAUAAAACUUCAGUGUAAAGGACAUGGUGAAUGCCCCACAACUGAGAAUACUGAGACAUUCAUUCGUCUCUGUGAGCGGUUUAAUGAAAGAAACCCACCUGAACUUAUAGGUGUUCAUUGUACCCAUGGUUUCAAUCGCACAGGCUUCCUCAUAUGUGCCUUUCUGGUGGAGAAAAUGGAUUGGAGUAUUGAAGCAGCAGUUGCUACUUUUGCCCAAGCCAGACCACCAGGAAUCUAUAAGGGUGAUUAUUUGAAGGAACUUUUUCGUCGUUAUGGUGAUAUAGAGGAAGCACCACCACCACCUGUAUUACCAGAUUGGUGUUUUGAGGAUGAUGAAGAUGAGGAUGAGGAUGAGGAUGUAAAAAAGGAAUCAGAGCCUGGGUCAAGUGCUUCCUUUGGCAAAAGGAGAAAAGAACGGUUAAAACUGGGUGCUAUUUUCUUGGAAGGUGUAGCUGUGAAAGGUGUUACUCAAGUAACAACUCAACCAAAGUUAGGAGAAGUACAGCAGAAGUGUCAUCAACUGUGUGGCUGGGAAGGGUCUGGAUUUCCUGGAGCACAGCCUGUUUCAAUGGACAAGCAAAACAUUAAACUUUUAGAGCAGAACCCAUAUAAAGUAAGCUGGAAAGCCGAUGGAACUCGAUAUAUGAUGUUAAUUGAUGGCACAAAUGAAGUUUUUAUGAUCGAUAGAGACAAUUCAGUGUUUCAUGUUUCAAAUCUGGAAUUUCCAUUUCGUAAAGAUCUCCAUAUACAUUUAUCAAAUACUCUCUUGGAUGGGGAAAUGAUUAUUGACAGAGUAAAUGGACAGGCAGUUCCUAGAUAUUUGAUAUAUGACAUAAUUAAAUUCAAUGCCCAGCCAGUUGGCGAUUGUGAUUUUAAUAUUCGUCUACAGUGUAUAGAACGAGAAAUUAUAAAUCCUCGACAUGAAAAAAUGAAGAGUGGGCUCAUUGACAAAACACAGGAACCAUUUAGUGUCAGAAAUAAGCCAUUUUUUGACAUUCAUGCUUCACGAAAGUUACUUGAAGGAAAUUUUGCCAAAGAAGUCAGCCAUGAAAUGGAUGGACUUAUUUUUCAGCCUGUUGGAAAAUAUAAACCUGGUCGAUGUGAUGAUAUAUUGAAAUGGAAGCCUCCCAGUCUGAAUUCUGUUGAUUUUCGCCUAAAGAUAACAAGAGUGGGCGGAGAAGGGUUACUUCCUCAGAAUGUUGGCCUUCUCUAUGUUGGAGGUUUUGAAAGACCCUUUGCACAAAUCAAGGUGACAAAAGAGCUAAAACAGUAUGACAAUAAAAUUAUAGAAUGCAAAUUUGAGAACAACAGCUGGGUCUUCAUGAGACAAAGGACAGACAAAAGCUUUCCUAAUGCCUACAACACUGCCAUGGCUGUGUGCAAUAGCAUCUCAAAUCCUGUCACCAAGGAGAUGCUGUUUGAGUUCAUCGACAGACGUGCUGUGGCUUCUCAAGGACAGAAGCGAAAGCAUCACCUGGACCCUGACACAGAGCUCAUGCCACCACCACCUCCCAAAAUGCCACGGCCUUCAACCUAACACCUGGUUCUGACUUCAGGGCCAAGAGGAAAGACAAAUGAGAGAAAUGCUGUUUCCCCAGUUUUGCAGCCAGAGAAAUUAAAAAAUGAGUGUGGCUUGAUAACUGUACACAGCUUGAAUUUUUUAAAGACAGAUAUUGUAGCCAGCCUGUAUAUAUUUGAUGCAUCUUUUUCCUCCGUGCUACAGUACCUCUUGGAUUUAAACAUUUUAUUUAUAUCUGAGAAACUCAGCCUUAUCUUGAAGAUCAGAAGAUUAAAAUAUCCAAAGGUUUAAAUGAGAUUGAAAUCAAUGAAAAAGAGGCCUUGUUUAUAUUGGAAUAAACUUUACAUUUAAUUUAUAAAGUUAGUGAUCUGGGACUGUGAGCAUAUAAAACACUGUAGUUUUUAGAAGUUGAGUUUCAACUUUGGCAAACUUUCCCCUUGAAAAAUGUAGGCAGUGGCAUUAAAAGUUCUGUCAUUUAUCAUGGAUUUCCUACAGUUCUGAAAUUUCUAUACUCAAAAAAACAAAUGACAAGGUUGCUAAAUACUAUACUGUGUUAAACAAUAUGGUCUAGUUUAUAUCAUUUUAAGAAAGGGGUUUUUUUUGAAAAGUAAAAGUAAACAGGUAAAACUCCGUUUUUUGUGGACUGCAUUGUUUUUUGAAAAAUAUUUUGGCUAUUUUCAUCUGCUUCUGUUGUUUGAACUCCAGUAUCAGCUAUCUAAUGUGUUCAUUCUGGCAGUUGUUUGAGUUACUUCAUGGAACUUAAAUAGACACCACCAGGUCAUUCAUAUGUUGUUCUCCUGGGAAAGUUCUUUUUUUUAAUCCAGAGCUACUUUACUGCAGUGGUAUCAGCACAUUGUAAAUCACAUUGCAACACACAACUCACUGUGAUCUAUGGGAGCAAUAUAAAAUACAGAUGAUGUUGUGUUGAUUGCCUCAAACAAAACAGCAAAGGAAAUGCCAGCUGAUUCCUUUGAUUAGAAGGGAAUGUCAGUGGAAUAGAAGCCGUCACUAGGAAAAGCUCUCCCACUGCUAGAUAAAUGCUGAGGCAAAGCAGAGGCAUUUGUAGGAACUGAACAUCAAGGAAAUCAAGAUAUUUACAUUCAGACCCAGUGUUCUGUCUAUGCUCUAGUCUAAGGAUGUUAUUUCAGUAACAUUACUGGAUUUCAAAAUGUUUACUAGUAGAUAAUGGGUUUAUAGGGCAGCUAAUUGGUCUUCUGCCAUUGUUGAAAAAUUAUGUUCUGAUGGUUUUUGAAGGAAAGAUGAGAAUUAACUGAUUAGAGGUUAAUGUAUUUAUUUUUAGAUGCAUAGGUUUUAAGUAUAUUUAAGACAAGUUUUCAUGAUCUGAAUUUUAUAUAUAUGCAUAUAUAUGUAAAUAUAUGCAACAGUGUAUAUUCUUCUACUGAUAGUCAGACAUGAAAACUCAAGCGAGUUACCUGGCAAGCUGAGUAUCUGACAGGAUCUCUAUUUGACAUAGCACAGAUUAACCAAAAAUGUAUUUAUAUGCGCCUGAGUUUUAGUGUUUUUAAACAAAGUUUUCUCCGGCAAUGCUUUUUCUACAUGAAAUACCAGAAUUACGCUUGGGCCCUUCUUGUUGUUCCCAAGUUACAUAACAAGUAGUGAAUUUAUCCACAUUUCAUUUUCCUGGUUUAUCCUAGAGUGCUGUCACAUGUUUGGGCACUGAAGGGAUGCAAAUGCCCGCUGCCACAGCGACUACUGAAAGAGGGCAAAGUCUCGAGGCUCCACGUGUCUCCCACCAAGUGACUUAAAGCCUCACCAGUGCGACUCUGGGCAGUCUGAUGCCUGCUUCCCUACAAUUUGCAACUCCACUGUGUUGCUUACUUCUGAGCCUGUGCAAAUGGAGGGCCCAUUUACAGAUAUAAAAGCAAGCUUUCACGAUGAUCUUUCAAUAAGAAUUAAAAUGUUUAUGGUAAUUUUAACCUUUUAAAUGAGUUAUAUGAAAAAGAGCAUCUCAUGUUUAGAAGUCCAGAUGUUUUGUCCUUGCUUUCAUGUAUUUUAGCAGGGCUUACUUUUCUUAAUUUUAUCCUUUCCUUUCAAUUACAGUAAAAUAUAUAGUAGUCAGCCUUAUGCGUAGGUCCUGUGUAGUCCCCAGUCAGACUGCCAUCUGAAGUAGCAGGCCAAAUCCCUGGCAUGGGGAACCCUUCACUGGUCAGUUCUCUUGAUGGUAGCUGUGUUCUGAGAGUGAUGUUUUUGAGACAAGAAUAAGAAAGCCUUGCUUUCCUGAGUGAUCACAUAUAACAGCCUUUGCUUUUUUUGUUUGGAAAAGGUGUGGGUAACUACUGCCUGGAUGGUUACAUUUGCUUUCCGUGAAAUGCUCAGAAAAUGUCAGAACAUUCCUUCUCUAAUUGUGUGUCAGUGUGUAUUGUAAUAAACUACUGAUGU